AUAGUGAAUUAGAAGAGCUGAUCAAUAUAUAAAAAACAAAUGAAACAUUCAAGAAAUUUGUUCAAUUUUCUUAGACUCUUUUGAGUAAACUCGGAUUGGACAAAGGUUUCAUUAAAAUAAUUCAGAUUGAAGUUUUCAAUCAAACUAAUCUCUGUGUUUGAAACAAAUGUUAUUGACUAUUUCUCAAUUAUUGAUCAAGUUUGGUCCAUACCUUGGUCAAUUCAAUUAAAUUGAUUAAAUUCACUGCAAUUGAAAAAAGCAUAACAGUCAUUAAUUUUAGCCACCUUUUUUCAAUGAAAAAAGUCUAACCAAAAUAUCAAUGAUAAAUGUAUUUUUAAAUAAACGCGGGGUAAAUGAAACACAUUUGGAUAUUGACAGAUUCAUAACGAAAAAUGACUACAAUAAUAUGUCUUGAUUGACUAUAAUUAUCCUUGGCCAUUUGAUCCAAACAAGAUUUCAUCUUUCCAAAGCUAAUAAUGUUUAUCACAAUAUAUGACUGACCUUUCAACUGUAAGCGUAAUUUCCAUCUAGAUUGAUAAUUUAUAUUUAAUAUAAUAUAAUCAAAGAAUGCAAAUGCAACCAGUGUUAAUAGUAAGUCUACUGUUUAUCUGCAAUAUCAAUGGAUUAGAUGUGGAUGCUAAUCAAAACAUUACCCAGUGUAUUCCGACUCCUCUAUUAAUAUGCACCAAAAAUGAUAGUGAUAUUUGUGUUGAUCCAAAAGUAUUGCUAAUUGCAUCUCCUUUUCAUGGUAAUUUAACAUUUCAACUUGAACCAGCUACAAGUGAAUAUUAUCUCAUCGAGGCCAAUGGUACUGAUUGUAUUUUUACUGGGAAAAUGAACGGAACAUCAAAUCGCGUCAGAGUUAACAUUUGCUCUUAUUCAUUGAAAAACUCAACUCUUGUCAUUUGUUUGAUGAUUAAUAAUGAUAGUUGGUUAAUUGAGUUCAAUGAAACAGCAGAAUGCUAUCAAAUUCAAUUGUCUCAAUGCUCUAUUCGAAAUAUUAUACCGAUAGAUACAUUCGAUGGACUGGAACCGGAAAAUAUAAUAAGAGUUCAUGAUGCAUCGUUAAAUCAUCUUUUUGAUCCAAAGUUUUUGAUGUCCACUCCAAGAUACGUUGAAGUAGGAAUUGUAAUUGAUUGCAUGACAAAAAAAUUUAGCACUCCAAAUCAUGAAAUAUAUAAAAUUUUUAAAAGGGCAACUCAGUUGCUAACACAAAUGAAUAUUUUUUCAAUACUUACUGUGAUUGAAAGGUUUGACACGUUAGACAAGUGUAAUGAAUCAAGAACCCACAAUGAUGAUAUUGCAAUGUUGCUCAUCAAAUUUAGAGAAUAUACCAAAGAAAAGCAUGACACUUUUGGCAAAUUUGAUGUGAUCAUAAGAAUCGCAGCUCCAUGCAAGUGUAAGGAGCUUGGAUUAGCUGGUGUUAAUAUAGCAUGCGAUCCAAGUAUGGGACAUGCUGUUGUAAGAGAUAACAAUGAUUAUACUUUUUCAAUAGUUUUUGCUCAUGAGUUACUUCAUACAUUUGGAGUGCACCAUGACAAUAGUGAACAACUGGCAGAAAAAGCUCAUUGUCCAUAUGCAUUCUGUGUGAUGUACGCCUCGGUACCUCGAGGUCAACCAGAGGUAGGAUUGUCACCAUUCACGAUUUCACAGGUGGAAGCUUCUAUUUUAUCGGGUUAUCUUGAUUGCUUUUUAGAUAAACCAGAGUUAGGCGAAUAUUGUGGCGAUUACUCUUUAAAUGGCAACGAACAGUGCGAUUGUUUGGAUGUAAAACAUUGUUCAAAAUGUUGCAAUCCAUCAACUUGUUCACUUUUAGAAGGAGCCAAGUGUGGACACGGACCUUGCUGUAAUUUUGAAACUUGCGAGCUCUACAAGUCAACAGAUAAUCAUGUAUGCCGUCCAGCAACCAGUGAUUGUGAUAUAGAAGAAAAAUGUGACGGAUUAUCGCAAUUCUGUCCUCCUGAUCUUCAUGUGCACGAUGGUUGGAGUUGUGAAUACGGUCAGGGUCACUGUUUUAAUGGUAAAUGUGGCAGUUAUCAUCUUUCCUGUGAUAAAAUUUUCGAAAAUUCUGAGCCUGCUCCAGAUACGUGUUAUGAAAAAAAUCGUGCGGGUAAUCUUGUUUUUAAUUGUGGUCCACCAAGUAAAUAUUUUGAAACUUUCGACGGCAACGCAACGAAAUGUAAAAAGAAAGAUGUCAAAUGUGGCCGAUUACUAUGCACUGGCAGCGGCACAUUAAGAAACUCAUUUCUACAAGCAUAUAAAUGGAAUGCCUUCGGAUUUAAAAGUGCGCCCUGUCUAGGUAUCUAUAUUUACAGAACCUUCCAACGCAACGCAACUGAUUUAGGUUUAGUACCUGAUGGUGCGCCUUGUGCUCCAAAUAAAAUGUGCCUCAACCAAGAAUGUAUUCCAGUGUCAAAAGUUAUUGAGACGAAACCUUGUCCACUCAAUUGCCAAAAUCGAGGCAAAUGUACUAACCAAGGAACUUGUAUUUGUAAUAAUCCAAAAGAUAAAUCGCCCGAUUGCUCUUUCUCCCCAAUAACUUCAUCGAAUUGGACAGCCUUGUUUCGAUACUUUGAAACUACAAUUCAAUUAAUUGUAAUGAUUGUGUUGACGUCAACAUGGAUUUGGAGACAUUUUAAUAAAUAAUAAAUAUAAUUGUUUUUAUCUGUUCCUCUGUCUUUCUUUUCUUUAUCAUGUACAGCUAGUUUCCAUCAUCAUUUUAAGUCAAUAAAAAUCUUUUUAUACAUUGAAUUAACUUAUUACAAUACUUACCAAUAUAAGAUAUAUAUAUAAGACCAAUAUAUAAAUUUCGAACUUUGUGGCCAUAUAGCGUUCGAUAACAAUGAAAAUUUUGCAAUUUUAUUCCAUUUAAUUAUAGUAUUUGGGUUGAUUGUAAAUCACUUUUCACAAUUUAUCUCUGACCUUCAAGUUUUCAUGAAAUGUUCAAUUAAAAAAGUUUCUAUCGCUAGCAAAUCACAGGGGGAAUCCUUGGUUUUUAAUAAGAUUUUGAGCCGCAUAAAAUUUCAUUUUUUCGAUAAAUUUCGAAUUAGAAAACGGAAAAUAAUAAAUGAAGUGUCAAAAGAAUUCUGAAUCUCUAUUUAUACGAUUUUCAAAAGAUUUGGCUGCAUUGGUUCGCUCAUCAAUAAAAUAUUCACAUUUAUAACUAUGACACAUUGAGCCGGACACCCUAAUAGAAACAAUUGUUAUUCUCUACUUUUCAAUUAUUGAUUAAGUUUGGCCGAUACCUUGGUCAAUUCUGUUUCAUUAAAAUGGUUAAACUGACUGCAAUUGAAAAAAGCAUAACAGUCAUUAAUUUUUGCCACCUUUUUCAAUCUUCACCUUUUUUUAAUUAACAAAGUCUAACCAAAAUAUCAAUGAUAAAUGUAUUUUUAAAUAAACGCGGAUUAAAUGAAAGCACAUUUGGAUAUUGACAGAUUCAUAACAAAAGAUGACUACAAUAAUAUGUCUUGAUUGAAAAUAAUUAUCCUUGGACAUUUGUCCAACAUAAGCUUCCAGAACGCUAAUAAUGUUAAUCACAAACAUAUAACAUGUUUUAACAACUUUAAAUAUGACUGACCUUUCAACUGUAAACGUAAUUUCCAUCUAGUUGAUAAUUCAUAUUUAAAUGAGAUAAUCA